UUUCGGAUUGAAAACGGUGUAAAUACAGUUAGAUUCGGAGAAAAACCAUGCUCAAAUGUAGUUCACCACCUAACAGAGGCUGGACGGAUGUGGAAAACCUUCGUCCGUUUGUACAGGAUGGUCGAAUUUCGUUUGGGUUGUCGCUGGUGCCUGAUGCCGUGAAUAUUUUACUGGAUGUCGAAGUGUCGCGGCUGUACGGUUCCAUGGUGUACGAUUUGUGCCGGGUUGUGCGUACACGUAUUCUUAAAAUGCAGACCAUCCAAAGCUUCUCGAGCCAUGAUGUCCGGGCGCAACGAGUGGAAAUUACACACUUCCUCCGUGUGGUUCUAGGAACUACGAACCAAAUUACGGAGAAACUGGAAGAGAGUGUGGCAAUCGUCAAAAAUUGUCUACCAAAACCGGUAGAUCUUCUGCGAGCGUAUGGUUGGAAGUGCGUUUAUGAAAAAGACGGUAAAGCCCAUGAAUUGCUGCACGGCGCAUUGGAAUGGAAUUGGUUGGUUUUGCUGAUUGCGAGGGAAAUAACGGAGUGUGCUGAAACUCAGAAGAAACCAAACCUGGAAUUCUUCGAAAACACUUACCGCGAACUGAUGAGCGAAUUGCUUGCAGUGGUGUUCUUUCAGUUUUCCACAAACACGAUCGAGGAUGCAUUCAAAGAAAGCCCAUUUCUAUGCAGCUGCGCGAAACAACUGUGGCUCGGCCUUAUGUCCGUGGGGGAGAAAGCCGGCGGCGCGAUCGAUUUUUGGAAACUGCUCUGGGAUUGUAUGCCGGCCGUCGUUCAAAACCGAACAGACGGUUUUCUGCUGAAAAUAUGGAUGAUCAAUGCCUUAGCAUUCUUUCACGAAACCAAGGCACAGCAAGAAAACAUAGAAACGCCAAUCGUGAAGCCUCCCCAAAACUGCAACUUCAUCGAUGAGUUAAUCAAGGAAUUGGUACAAGCGGACCCUAAGGAGGAAUACAUGCGAACCUGUUUAAUUUUACUGAAACCAAUUAUCACCGGCCUGUGGCCGAUUCGGCGCGAGCCAGUGGUCUUUCUGUGGGAUUUCUACGCCGUGCGAUUGAACUCGCCAUUUCGUUUGAAAAGCGAAACGUUAUCGACCAUGCCGUGCAUCAGUGCCUCGAUAGCGGAUUUUAUUGAGCAUGCCAGGACACUUGCCGCCCCCGACUCAACGCUGGACAGCUUGGACUACAAGACCAAUAGCUUCGUCAUGUUUUUAAUCAUACUAGCAUCUGUGACACAACACUUUACGAAAGUGCCGAGCAAGCGAGACGUGCAGAUUAUAUUCAACCGAAUCAUCCUUAAGCUGGGACCGAAGAAGUAUGAAAACAUGACCGAACAAGGGGUUUAUCAUCACGCCCUCCUGCUACUGACAAUGCUUAGCGCUACCAGCUUCCAGGAGGACUUUCCGCGUUUGUCGAAGCAGAUGCAACUAGUACGGCUCGUUGACGAAAACUCGAAGCUACCGCCCGCUCUCAGUGUCCAGCGAGCGGCCACGGCAAUGAAAACCCACAUGGCGGUGUUGAUUCUGCUCAGCGACUCGCUAACCUUCGACAAAACGGAGCACAUAUCCGUGCUCGUACAAUACGUCGAAAGCGCUCUAAAUAAGUAUGGCUAUCGCUUUCAACCGGCGCUGCAUGUCGCUGCGCAAGGUACCAUUUUGCUACUCGAAAAAGCCGUCGCUAAACGGUCGUUCAACCGUGGUGAGAUUGGUCUAAUCGGUCCGUGGAUAGAAAAAUAUCUUCAGGACUGCAAGGAUACUGGAUGGCAUAAGCUUCUCGAUGCCAUUGCAGAUGCCUUGAAGAGCCAAAUGACGUCUAGCGAGGCACUUGGUAAAGCGAUCAAAGAACAUUUAUUCCCCAUGGUUAAUACACGGUUUACGAACAAGCGGUCUGCGCCGACGUGUAUCGCGCGAUUGGCCGCUCUGAUAACGAUAUUUGUGGCGAAAUACAUGGACUCGCAGAUGUUUCGAAUGAUGUUCAAUGACUUCGUGCACAGCAAGAACGCCCAUCCCGAUCAGGUGCUGCACUACUUGACCGAAAUCACGCAAAGUCUAACCGUAAUGGUGCUGCUGGAUGAACCCACCGUCAUCCGGCAGUGGCUCAAGAUGGGCCUCUUGUACGGGCGCGAGGAGAUACUCGAGCUUUCGCGCGUCGUCCACGGGCUGGGAGAGUUUAAGUUUCUUUGUGAAAUUCCCGAGUACGACUUGCUCGAGAAUCCGAAAGAGGUGCCGAUCAAUCUGUUCUUUCGCUGCGUCGGCAAGCGUUUUCGGGAGGUGGACGAGACGCAGAGGAUGGAGAUGACAAAGAAGCUGCACGAAAUCUUUCGGCACUUCGAUAAAUGGAUUCCUGAGCCAACCAGUACCGUGCGCCAGAAGAUACUGACGGUGUUGACUCUGGCGCUUAAAGAGUGUCCCCUAGGGUUCUACAUUCCGACAAACAAGACUUGCCUUUACUAUUUGGCGAUCCAUCACUACUUCCUGCCGUUCGCCGUCCUUACCGGGAACAACGUCACGGCCGUUCUGAUUGAAGACAUGUCGAAAGUGUGGCACAAGGUGAUGGAUAUGCUCGGCAGCACGGAGUACUGCCGGAACCCUGUCAUACAAACCGACACGGCCAACAUGCUCGUUAAAUGGAUACCGCAGUUUGACAAACUCCCAAACGAAACGGACGCCUUGCGGCCACUGCUGCUGUUCUUCACCGGGCGCAAUGAAGAACUCGUACGGUGCACGAUGCCUCGUCUGCUAUUAGUGUUUGUCGAACUGAAUCGGUGCGUCCCGCAGCCGAACGCGCGGCAAGUGAUGCAGAUGCUCCAGCGGCUGCUGCAAACACUGGUGGCGGAAGAGGACCACGGUAAGACGGCCCUGUUCAUCCAACUGACAGCAACGUCGUUCCUCACGCAUGCAUUCAGGUGCAAUGAAACGUUCCCCACCCGGGCGCUCGCCAUGGAAAUUGUUUACGCCAUGCUAUCCAGCACGGACGGUCCGUCGAAUGCGAUACGGAAGGAGAUGCGCACCGCCAUGAGCAAGUUUACGCGCGAAAACCUCUCCUUGGCACCGGAGGCGUACUUCACCCUUCUUGGUCGGUUGGCGAACCGCUAUCCGAGCUUUAUCAAAUCGCUACUCGACAUGUUACGUGACGAGGUGAGAAGGGCAGAGAAACUGCACGGUCUCAAUAAGUUGCUGCGCGACGGUAUAACCCGGUUGGAGCGGGUGCUCAGGACGAGUUCCAAUGGGACGUAGCCCAAGCAGCUGGUGCUUCCUAUGCACCAGUUUUUGUUGUUGUACAUAUUUGGUCGAGUUGGUAUUAUAUGGAUUAUUAAAGUAUUUUACUCAUAUGAUGAAACGUCUAGCGACUCCCUCGUAUACAAAAAAAUUACAAUAAAACUAGAACU